AUGGACAACCCUAGCGGCGGAAGGGACAGUCGUUAUUCGACGAGCCUGGGCUACAGCAUGGGAAUGAUGGGCAGCGACGCUGGGUCGGAAUUGUACGGCCGGCCGUCCACCUCUCAGCUCGCAGGUUCGCAAAUCGGCCGUGGCGGCGCCACUAUGAUGACGGCUGCUGCGACACCCGGCGUCGCAGUUCAGCGCGGCAUGAAACGCUCGUCCUCGGACGUCUGCUUCGACGACGGGAAUGCCCGGCAGACAGGCAUGACGCAGCCACAGGGCAUGCCAGGCAUGCCUGGCGAUUGUGUCACUGAAAAUCUAGACGAGUCCUUCACGAAUCUUGGACAGCCCAAGAAAUCACCGCCUUCAAAUGGCAAGAAAACUAAAGGGAGAGUUAAGAUCAAGAUGGAGUACAUCGAUAACAAGCUUAGGCGAUAUACUACCUUUUCCAAGAGGAAGACUGGCAUUAUGAAGAAGGCGUACGAGUUGUCGACACUAACAGGCACGCAAGUGAUGUUACUAGUAGCAAGCGAGACUGGCCAUGUGUACACCUUUGCGACGCGCAAGCUCCAACCAAUGAUAACCAGUGAGGCCGGCAAGGCGUUGAUUCAGACCUGCCUGAACAGUCCUGACCCACCGCCAUCGGGUUCCUCGGGAGAUCAGCGCAUGUCAGCGACAGGCUUCGAGGAGACCGAGCUCACGUACAACAUCGCCGACGACGAGCAGAAAGAGGACGGGACGUCGCCGAGGUCGGACAUCUGCGGUAACGAGAGCGAAGGGGACACCAGCGACGGGGAGUCCCCGGUUUCAAAGGACGCCACGAAAAAUCAUGCAGCUAGCAUGCCUUCCUUUCCUACUGGCAUGAUGUACCAAAUGCCACAGAGCGUAGUAUACUCGCCAAGUCCUGGUGUUUUACUCAGCAUCGGACAAAAUGGACAACCCGUACAAAUAUCCCAAGAUGGCGCGUCGUCAGGAAAUUCCGGCCAGGGAAAUCAGCCGUUCAUCACGAUACCUCUGAACGUAGCAAUGAGCGCGGCUGGCUUGUCGUUGCCGUCGGUCACGUCGAAAUCGUUGUCGCCGCCCCGUUCGAAUUCAUCGACGUCAUCAAAUCCGGAUCUUCCCUCGGAUCUCAGUAAGGACCGGAAGUGAAGUGCAGUGGACGAGUGUACGCGACUGUUUGAAUAAACCCAAGAAACACGAGCCACGUGUACGCAGCAGCCUUCGACACUGAGUUUUAUUAUGAUAAUAGAGUGUUGCAUUGUGGGGAUGGUCUUGUUAAUUCCAACUACUGAAUUCCACGGUUCGAGUCGUAUUGUCGAUUUCGCUUUAACGGUCAGUUCACAACGCUGACUCCUAGUCGUCCUUUAGUUGGUACCUUAGGUUAAGGGCUGAGCAGUGAUUGAAAAAUGUUUUUUUUUUUUCUUUCAGAAAAUCCAAAAAUUGAAGGUUACGUAACACGUGUGAAUUUUUUUUUUAUCGUCUUCCUACAUUCUUCUUUUUUAUACCGUCGUAAGUUCAAUUCGAAUUCAUCGCGAGAGUUUAGUGCCAAGUCGUGAUAAAAUGGCGACAAUCAUCCGUAAGAAAAAAUCCCGUUCCUAUUACCGCCUAAGAGAAUUUCCUCUAAUAGCCAAACUGUCACUCUACGUCUGGAGCGUCGUUUGAAGAAACGGCGCAUUGAGAAUGUUUACAGGGUACGGCUAUCCUAUUACGUGUAUCUAAAGUGAAGUGAAGUACAAUUACGGAACCUGUUGGAAUUCAGGAUGUUGACCUUUUUUUUUCAUGGGGUUUGGAGGAUAUUUUUACUUAGUCAUUAUGGGGACGAUACGAUUUGACUGUGGAUCUUAUCGUGGUAGAAGGACAGCAAUUUAGAUAUAUUGAGUAUCUUGUAACGAUUGAUGCUUCUUUGAAAAUUAAACGUAUUCUUUUUUGUAUACCAUUUUACUCGCCGACGCAACGGCGCCUGUAACUAAGGACAGGAGAUUUUUCGCACAAUUUUCAAUCUUCUUCGCUGUCGUCAAAAGAGUCAUGGAAGAUUCAUGAAUAAUCAAAAUUAUUCAAAAUUCUGGACGAAUUUUUUAUUUGGAUUUUCGAAAAAUGUGACUGCAUAUAAUUAGUAUGUUACUACGUAUCUACUGCUUUACGUAUAUCGUUCGGUGACUGUCGAUUGUCCCAGCUGAUUUCGAAGGGGAGGUAUUUUGAAAGGCGAAUAAAAAAAAAGGGAAUUAAAUCCAUCUGUAAAUAUGGACCGAGUGUCCCACAAAACGAGCAAUAAAUGCUGGCUACUCGUUAUAACUCAUAAGAAUAUUAUAUUAAUAACAAUGAUGUUAACGAUGAAUAUGUACAGUACCUUAACAGACAUGUUAUUAUAUUUUAUAUAUGUAUACAUAUAACUUUUUUAUUACUCGACUCAACUGAAGUAUUGCGCCAAGGAUGUUUGUAACAUGUUGUAAAUGAAUGAAAAUGAAAAUAUAUAACGGCACGUAUCACUGUUAAA